AUGUCUUCCGCCGCCGGAGCCGGAGAGCACUCGUCUUCAUCCCGACCUGUCCGUGGGAAGGAGAGAGAGGAAGGUACCGACGAUAUCAACCGCAAGGUGGACGAUGAGGGAGAUCUGAGCCUGGAACUCUAUGGCGCCGAGGCGGGGUGGGUGGAGGCGCGGACCAGCUGCUCGCACCUCCCUGCCAUGCCCGCCGCCAGCGCCGACGAACUCGCGCGCGUGCCCGCGCCUGAUUCCCACUGCUCUAGAUGUCAUCACCCUUCUGAAAACUGGUUAUGCUUGAUCUGCAAGGAUGUGCUGUGUAGUCGUUUUAUCAACAAACACAUGCUGUGCCAUUAUCAAGAAACGGGCCAUUGUAUCGCCCUGAGCUUCAGUGAUCUGUCAGUUUGGUGUUUUGCCUGUGACUCCUACCUAGACGCUCAAUCCAUUUUAGAACUGCUCCCAGUUUAUGAAGUUGCACAUCUGUUGAAAUUUGGAGAAAGGCCCCCUUUUCGAUCACUUGAAGUACUGGAUUUGAGCAGUGGACAAAAUGGAGGUUCAUCUUCAAGUUCCUAA